AUGCUUCUCUUGGAUUAUCAGAACGCUUUGAUUCAAUCGCUCCUCACGGAGCGGUUCUCUGGUGCUGCCCCGGUUUCGAUUGACCAAGUGGUCUCCGACUUCGAUGGCGUGACCUUCCACCUUUCGACCCCCGAAUCCAAGACCAAGAUCCUUAUCUCAAUCAAUGUGAAGUGUUUCAAGGAGCUCGUUCAGUACGGCGCCCAGGAGGUGCUGGAGCGCGAGUAUGGGCCCUACAUCGUCUCACCGGAGCCGGGCUACGACUUCUCAGUACAGAUCGACCUCGAGAACCUCCCCGCAGAGCAAGAAGCCAAGGAUGAGCUGAUUAUGAAGCUCGCCCUGCUGAAGCGGAACGCCAUGGCAGCUCCGUUCGAACGGGCCUUUGAUGAGUUCGCGAAGCUUGCGGAGGAGGCUUCGCAGUACACUUCCGAGUCGGCGCCCCAGGGUAUGAAGGAAGGUGGAGAGGUCAUGGCGAUUCAUUAUCGCGAGGAGGAAGCGAUCUACAUCAAGGCUAGCUAUGACCGUGUCACAGUGAUCUUCAGCACUGUGUUCCGGGAGGAGACGGAUCGGAUCUUCGGCAAGGUCUUUCUACAGGAAUUUGUCGACGCCCGCCGCCGUGUUGUCACCCUACAGAACGCGCCUCAGGUGCUGUUCCGCAGUGAUCCCCCUCUCGAGCUUGAGGGAGUCCCUGGACUCAAGAAAGUGGGCGAGGGUGAGAUGAGCUACGUCACAUUUGUGCUAUUCCCUCGACACUUGACCCCCCAGCGGCGCUACGAAAACAUCUCCCACAUCCAGACCUUCCGUGACUACUUCCACUACCACAUUAAGGCCUCUAAGGCAUACAUCCACACUCGAAUGAGGAAGCGCACGGCAGACUUCCUCCAAGUUCUCAACCGUGCCAGACCCGAGAACGAAGAGCGCGAGCGUAAGACGGCAAGUGGCCGGACAUUCCGUGUUCAGAGCUAG